CACACUGUGGAGCAUCACAGAGGCUGUCAGUCAGUGGCCAGUGGUGCUCAGGACUGUGUCACACCUUUUGGGUGUGGUCUGUGUUUGUUUCCCUGAUCUGAUCAGAUCAGAGAGCGCUGUCAUUUCUGACUGCUGAGCACACCGAGAAGAGGGCUUCUUUCAUUGACCUCACUUUCAUUUUAUUCAUUUAUCACUUUAAAGGGUCUCUCACCUGAGCAUGAAGAGACUUGUCAACAGGAGAGGAUAUAAAGAACAUGUUUUUGAAGAGCUGCAUCUGAAGCUGAAAGAUCUGAAACAGAAAGCUCAGGAUUUGAUGAACCAGUACCUCAUCAAAGACAACAUCCCACCUUACCCCCGACCAGAGUUUCACGUGUCUCAUCUGAAACACGACACGGACCGGGACGGGUUACGUGGCAUCAGGAGGGAUAUGGGCUUCAAGAACCCGGACGAGAAUGAAGACUCUCUGCUGUGGUGGAGUCUGGUGGUGGGACCUGACCAGAUGAAGUCGGCUGAGAGGAGGCUCCUGGAGACCACCUACCCAGACCGGACCGAGGAGCAGGUCCAGACACAGCAGAGCUUCCUGGGAAAGUUCGCCACCUCCCCGGCCUUCAAGAAGUCCUCCAGGCUGGGCUCGUACCGCUUCACCUUCCCCCUGGACGAGGUGCUGAAGGCCUACAGCCAGCAGUUUUGCUCCAACAAUCAGCCUGUCCUGCGGGUCUUAAAGACCGUCCUGUACAAACAGGAAGUGAUGUACGCUGUGCUGGUCCACAGCCCAACCAACCAGGAGCUGUGGUCACACCUUCCUCUGCUGACUGAUGACCCAAACUCUGUCUGCGCUUUCAAAGAUGGCUGCUUCAUCUGGCGGCCUGAGGCCAUGUGUGAGACACACAGAUAUGCUUUGGUCCUGAGGCCUGAUGAGAAGCAGAUGAGAGCGGAGGAGGUUUCGUCUCGCCGUGAGUUUUAUGUUUGGGACAACGUGAGCGUCGCCCUGCAUGUGGGCGAACAGGUGCUGAACUUUGGUGCUGACCGGCUGAGAGAAAACCUGACAUUCUGUAGCAGAGCAAAGCCUAUAAUCAUACGUCAUCACAAGUUUGAUGACUUCUCACAAGCUGAACAGUUAGUUAAGAAACUGUGGCCUCGCCAUCCAUCCCUACUGGACAGAGCAUAUAAAUUAAGGGUUCAAUAACAAACUUUAAUUUAGCUAUUUAAUUUCAGAUGAUGUUAUAAUCGUGCCUUGUGGUUGAGUGUAAUAAACUGUGCCUUUUCUUCUUCUUCUUCUA